AUGAAAAACUUGGUCGAUAUGGGGCUGAGUUUAACUGACGUAGGCCUCUCUACCUAUACCCCCGUGAUAUUCUGCAGGCCAGGAGACCCACUAUUUAGAGAUUCUUUGGAUAUAUUUCGACACGCACUCGACAAUGACGGAUUUUAUGAUGAGAUUGAGUGUUUUUUUGACUCCGAGAACUACAUGAAACCGCUGAGAAAUCUACCGAUAAUCGUAUGGAGUAUACCAGGAGCUCUCGAGGUGAUGCUCAUGAAGGGACCGAUAGGAUUGGGGUCUUAUUACCAAUUGCCGCCAGAAAAACGAUUUUGUCGUUUGGAUUGGGAGAAUGUCGACCCCCGACUUUUGCUCGAAGAUUUGCGUAAAGGCGGCAAUCUAGAUCCUGCGGCUUUUCGAGUGAUCUUUGGGAUAUCUUGGUCGAGCUCACUUACUCGAUUGGCUAGUGCAUACUUCAGGGGUUUCACCCGGAAGUUGAGGACAAAGCACACGGAAGAAGAAGUCAUGUUUUGGGAUUCCUGGCGAGAGAUUGCUCGAUGGAGCUUCAGGGGAUUAUCUGUCAAAGACCUCUGCAGAAAAGAAGAGCCUUGGUUUGGCGGCCUGACUGAAGCGACACCAACCAUUUCAGGGAUGCUUUUGUUCGAUGAUUGCACCCCGUUUCUUUGGGGAAUACCAGGCUCAAAGCCGCGCUGGCUGUCAAAGGCGUUGCUGAGCUGGCUGGAGGACGCGCAAUCCUCCGGGACAGACCUAGUCGAGUAUGGCAGGCGGGAGCUGGAGUUGUAUCUUGCUGAUAACACAUUACGGCAUCAACGGUGGUUUCGUCCAGAUCUCUUUGUGGACGGCCGCUUUAUGCGCCAGGAUUUGGGUAUGAGGCUUGUUUCUUUUACAUAUGGCCCGGAACCGCAAGACUGGAAGCUAAUAUGGGAUCUCGACGCGUGGGAGUAUGCCGGAGACUUUUGGGAGCAGAUAGAAAACCCGCCUUUGCACAUUCCUGGCGCAUGGGUUGAGGAUUAG